AUGAAGGGGUUCAGCGUCAGCAGUUUGUUCGCGCCCAGGGAGAGCGGCCAAGUGGGGGGGAGCGGCCAGGAGGGGGAGAGCAACAAUGCCGAGGAAAGCCUCCUAACGGGGGAAAACCUCCUAACUGGGGAGAACCGCCAAACGGAGGGAGGUGAACCCCCCCCCGCGGAGCAGAAACAGCCCAAACAAAUCGGAGACAUCCACAAAAUCGCGUUUUACGAAGCGGUGCUAAAACAGCUGAGGGACGACGACCUGACCGAUUCGUUCGAAGCCCUGAGGAAGGAGGUAAAUCUGGAGCAGAGCAAAACGGUGAAGGAGAACUACCUCUUCAAGCUGUUCACGAAGAGCAUGUACAGAAGAGAAGCUGCGCUCGAAAAAAACGUGGAGCAAGAUGAGCCAGAAGAGGACCAACGGAAUGACCCACUGGCAAAGCUGAAGACCUACGGGACAUUCAUAAAAAACGCACAGCUGCGUAGCAACAAUGAAACUGUCCUAAAUUUAGAUUCCUUAAAAAAGGAAAAGGGAGGACGGGUAGCAUUCUCCUAUGAUAUUACCGACCGAGUGGAAUUAAUUCACCAACAUAAGGUGACCUGCUGCACGACGAACAGCACAAGAAAUAUCCUCUGCUCAGGGGGAGGAGAUCACGUAAUUAAAAUUUGUAAAAUAUAUGAAAAUGUGAAGAAGAGAAAAAUACACACAAUAGAUAAUAAACACAUGGGGAAAAUUAAUUGCCUGAAAUUCCAUCCGGUGAAAAAUCUCUUAUUCUCUGCUAGCGAUGAUUGCACUAUUCAAAUGAUCGAUGUCAGUAGAAUGCUAAAAAAGAAGAAGCAACAAUUUAGGUACAGAAGAAAUGGAAGGGAAAAAAUAAAUGAUCUCUCCAGUCAAAAUGUAGUCAUCCAAGAUAAGAACCCAUUCGUACAUCUGUAUGUACACCCCUGUGGAGAUUUCCUAUAUGCCUGUAAUAGAAACGAAAAUGUUGUUAAGCUGUUCGAUUUGGAGACCCUCUCAUGUUUCACUUCGUAUGAAAAGAACGACCAACAUCAUAGUGCCACCAUAAACUGCAUCAGUGGCACAUCAGAUGGAAGUAUCUACUCUUCUGUUUCUAAUGAUGGGAAUAUAAAAAUAUGGGAUGGACAUGAUUCAAAAUUGGUACUCACAAAAAUGAAUGCCCAUAAUGGCUAUUCUGUAGAGUCUAUAACAUUCAGCAAAAGUAAUUUCUACGUGCUUACUUCUGGACUUGAUGGGCAAACCAAAAUUUGGGACAUUCGGAAUUUUCACUCCCCCUUCACCUUCGGCAAUGGAUUCCUAUCAUGCACCUUCAACAAAAGCAUCUUCAUGAACGACGAGCAUUUUAUCGCCAAUGUGAUUCAAACAAAUGAUCAUUUUACCUCCAAAUUUUACAUUUACCAUUCCUUCUUUGGCAACCUCGAGUGCAACGUGCAGAAUAUACACAACGACCAAAUUUCAGACAUCGUCAACGCCAGGGACGGGCUGAAUGUGCACACGGCGGGCCACGACUACGUCUGCAAGACGGUCAGGAUUGACCAGCGACCCGCGCACGACGGGGGGGAGCGGUGGAGCGGCGAGGCGGAGCAGCGGCGAAGCGGAGCAGCCAAGUAG